CCACCCAUCAGGACAAAGAGGUUUAAAGAGAGACAACAAAAGUAGAGAGAAAGAGAGAAUUCAAAGUUCUCUGAAUCUCUUUGUCUGUGUUGAGUGUGUGUGGAAACUUAGAAGAGAAGAUGACUGGAGACAGCUUUGCUCAUCUUACACUUGCAUUUGGCCUUCUUGGCAAUGUUGUGUCAUUCAUGGUGUUUCUUUCCCCAUUGCCAACGUUUUAUAAAGUUUACAAAAAGAAAUCAACAGAAGGGUUUCAAUCAGUGCCUUAUGUCGUGGGGUUAUUUAGCGCCAUGCUUUGGAUAUAUUACGCAUUGCUUAAGGCAAAUGCGAUGCUUCUCAUCACCAUAAACUCCGUUGGUUGCGUCAUUCAAACCUUCUACAUUUGCUUCUUUCUCUUUUACGCACCAAAGAAGGCCAGAAUCGAAAGCCUAAAGUUAAUCAUGUUGAUGAUAGUUGUUGGCUUCGGAUUGAUUGUUGUCCUAACUCGGUUUCUUGCUAAUGGGACCACUCGUGUCGCAAUAGUUGGAUGGAUUUGUCUCGUGUUCGCCUUGUGUGUUUUCGUGGCACCAUUGGGGGUUUUGAGACAAGUAAUUAAGACAAAAAGCGUGGAGUAUAUGCCCAUUCUACUAUCGGCGGCCCUCACCCUCAAUGCCAUCACAUGGUUCUUUUAUGGUCUACUUCUUCGCGACUUCAACAUCGCGAUUCCGAACGUACUUGGAAUCACGUUUGGUGUUCUUCAAAUGAUCCUUUACUUUGUAUACAAAAACAAGAAACCAGUAAGCGAUGAAAAAGUAUCAGAAUUAGAAGUAAAGAGCGUCGAAACAGCGGAACCGAAAAUCUCAGGAAAGAAAGAUCAAGAAAUCAUUGACGUUGCGAAGCUAAGCGCUUUAAUUAGUGCGAUUCCUGUUGUUACCAAAAUAAACGAUAACACCAAUGAUGUUGAUCACGAUCAUUUGGUUGUUGAACCUCAUGUCCCUAACCAUACCAUUGAAGUCGCAGCAUGAACUCAAUAUAUACGGUUUAUGUCCAAACCGAUGCGUUCAUGGUUUUGAUCGUGCAUAUGUGAAGCUUACCAUGCAGAUCGAUAAAUUUGUGCUUUUUACUGAUUAGUUCUUCUCAUUCCACGUUUAGUAGAAAAUCAUCCAACUUUAGGUUGCUAACCUCAUGUUAUAUUGUUUCUGUACCGAAAUGAUGAUUAUCAGAAUAAAUGAAGCUGUUUAGG